AGCGAAGGGGGUGGAAAAAAGCAACGGGUAAGCUUUGACUGUGACAUCCCUGCGGCAACCGGUAUAAAAAACAUAAACGAGCCCCUGGAUCAGUCUUCUCCAAGAUUUUACACUCACGACCCAUUCGAACGAACGACUUCCUCGAGCCAUCGAAAGUUUCCCGCCGACGAAGCUUGUUUCGAGACGAGAGUACUCAAAAUUUGCGACUACCGUCUCUGUUCUUGCCACUUAGAAAUUAGAUACGUUCAAUACGGGCCUGACUUUCCCGAACAAAGGUUCGAACUUUGGAUACGUAUUACAUUAUCCGGUGACAGGAAACGGGAGGAGAUUUUCAAGGAUCUUAAUUAAUUCCGUCAAAUUUUCCAGAUUUUUAGACGAGCAAUUUGAUAUGAAACAAUCUGAUAUAAUAAUCUUUCGCUAGAGAUGGAAUCCUUCAAAUGCCUGCGAGAAAUUCACGAGGAUUUUGAAAUGAAUGCGUUCAAUUUAUCCUUUCGAGAGAUCCGUUGAAGCUCCUCCAUCUGUAAUAACUCGUCAAGGAUUCAUUUGGCACAGAAUCUACCCGUUUGAAAUUAGACACGUUAAUGCAAAACGUUCUUAGAGCAAAUGAUCGAAUUCACACGUUUAGUCGUUCAUUCGGAAACGCUUUAAUUUUAUUUCAUUCGUUAGCGAAUUGUUCGGAAAGAAUCUUUCUAUAUCCGCUUCAAUUUACCGUGAAUUUAUUGAACGAUCGACGUUUCAUUUAUUCUAUUAAUUUAUUCUAUUGAUUCGAAGCAAUUAAAGUUCGCACCUCGGAAAAACGUGAACGGGUCUUUUUUAUGCUUCUAUUGUUCCUGCUUUACCACGAUAGAAUUCACAAUCCAAUUUUCGAGGGGCGGGAUAGUUUCUCUGGUUAUUACCCUCCACUAGCACGCAAACAUAUCGAUAUUGCGAUAAAAAAGUAACCACGAAUUCGAGGUGAGUCUAAUCGCGGUACAGCCAACGAUAAAGGACAAUGGGAAAAAAUAACCAAUUUUAAACUUUGUUGCUAUGGUAGAAUUUUUAUUGAACGUAUAAAAUACAGCUCUAUAUACAUCAAAUUACGAGGAAAUAUAAGGUGAGAUAUUACUACCUCGUAUUAUUAGUGGGAUCUAAAAAUACAAAGUAUAUUAAAACUUUGAUGGCAGUACAUUUUGUGCGAUUUUUGUCUCUUAAAAUUUUUAAUUCUUUUUCAUAUCUCACAAAAUAUUACUAAUGGAAUAUAAUAUUCCAGAGUUUCGAUUUAUUUUUAUUCGACUAGAAAUAAAUUCUUGACACCCAAAAGUAAAUACCGCAUAAAAUUGUUACCUAUGGCAGCGAUAUUCGAACAUUUUUUAUCGCUGUCAUUUAUCAGCGUUAAUUCUUCGGCAGAACUGAAUUGUUCUGCUUGCUUUUGUUGCAGCACACCAGCCUCGGCAAUAAAUUCACGAUUCCGAUAUCGGCCCUGUUAAAAGGUUACCGACGAAUUAAUAUCCGAUCGUGGUAGAGAUACUGCACGGGUCAGAGGGUGGACGAGGCUCGUAAUUAUAUGGCGUGUUAACGCGACCCUUGCACCCUUCGUUAAAGAUUUACGAUCCUUGAUCAUUCCGUCCCCGAAGCGUUCGCUGAAAUAUCGAAGAGAAAAUUACUUUGACCUCUUUGAUCCGGAGUUGUAAAAAAAUUUAUAAGUACGUAAAUUUACAGGCUGGUAAAGUGUUAACCAUCUGAAUAUCAGUAUAGUUUAAAUUAAAAGAGAAAAUCACUUUGAAAGCUUACAUAAUUUUCAAAAUAUUUUUCUCUGGUACAAAUUUUAGAGAUGGUAAUCGAGGUUUCUAGGACAUACAUAUCUGUUCCUGCAUUAGGUACCUUGUCACUUUAAUUACCAAAAACGAUGACGCAGGGUUUAGCCAGGAAAUUAAUGGCGUUGCUCAGCGUUAGCGAUUGUGAUCGAAGUUAGAUAUAACACCGGCUGUAAGUUGGUAAGAUUAACAACUACCCUUAACUGCGGGUUUCGACGUUCAAAGACGUCCGAACAGCAGAGGGAAGUUUGCAGUUAACAAGGAAACGUAAACCCAAAGCCGGUUGCUCGGGACUUCGUCGGUUACGUUCGUGUCGUAAAUAUGUACUGUUGUGUGCUUUGUAAAUUGGAUGCUACUAUUCGAAUCACCGUCGAGAUCACCAGUCUGUGCUCGACUUUCGUCGCAACGCUUCCUUAUUGAAGGAGUUAAUUAUUUCUACGUACUCUCCUGUAAGUAACUCCUUUCUUUGAGAUUUCUAAUUUUAGUUCCUACUGGAAUUAGCGUAUCCUCUGUAUUAUGUAUAUUCCCUACAGAAAUCUCUUCCAACAUUAAGAAGUUUUAUAAGUACUCAGGUAUGAAAGAAAAGUCUUGAAACACUCUGUGCUUAUGCACGAUUAAACUGAUGAUUAAAUAUUUCAAUGAAUUGAUUUUUCAUAGAAGUUCAACUUCCAAAUGGCAGACUUUACGAUUCCGUACAAGAACCCAAUCGGUCCGGCGAUAAUGAUGCUGAGGAAAGAAAAGAAUCCGUUCUUCAGGUUCCUAAUGAUCUUGGAGAUCGAUGUCUGGAUUGGUUUCCCGUUCGUUUUCCUCUUAACGAUAUUUCUAUUAUAUAUUCUCGAGAGGUACUCGCCCUUUAGCUACCGGAACAAUCGGGCAAAGUAUCGAGACGAGGCGAACGAUCGAUCCUGUUCGCUGAAGGAGCUCUUCUGGUUCGCGUUCGCGUCGAUCGCCUCUCGAAAAGAAGAAAACAUCUCAAAAAAUUGAUCAGAGAAUAUAUUGGCAAUGAUUUGGCAAAAAUUUCGAGGACAUAAAGUUCAAAAGACCCUUAUUUAGAAAACAGAAAUAAUCGUAGCACAAUUCUCAGUUCUUGUAAAGUGUUACAAAGCAGAUUGCUACGUGUAACAAUUAACGGUUAAUUAAAGGAUUACACGGUUGGUAAUUGAAAGAGAGAUUAAACGCUGCAGGGGAAGAAACGGAGGAAUGAAAACCCUUUGAGAGGGAAUUGCUCGCCCGACAAAGACUUUAACGCGAGGUUCAACCUCGACAAUUUGACAGUUACAUUUCUACUGAUCCUCGUCGGCAUAUUGCUUGCUGCUUUAAUACUCUGCCUCCGAUAUUGCUGGUAUUGAUAUCAACUAAAGAAGGGCGGCUGAAAAGGUAUGCCCUCUUUGUAAGAAUGCUACAAACUCGACUCGGGCAGAAAUACGGAAAUUAAUGAAAUGUUUAAAAUCAAAGGAACAUCGGAGAAGUAACUUCUUUGGUUUGCCAAUGUUCAAUUGCAUCUUUUUAAACAAAUCAUUUUACGCCCUUUAAUAAAAAUGUUGAACACACAAAGGAAAAGUUCCUUCCCUUGACAUUUCCGUAGCCUACUUUCUGGGAAUCGAAAUACUGAGAUUUUCUUUGGAUAUUUACAGUAAUUAGCUAAUCCAUAACAGUAGUGCGAUUUUCCAGUUCUCUUCAACAAAGUUCUCUUUUCAAACCCAUUACAGUCUACUGCAAUUGCUCUGUCCUAAUUUCAGCAUGAUUGCAUCAAUUUUCUCUUGCCAUUUCCGUAUCUUUCUUUCUACAAUACAGAGGUGUUGUAAAUAGAGAAAUUUUCUUUCCUUUAUGAACGAUAAUACCUAUAAAUUCAAUUUCCAAGUGUUUCCUUAUUUUCACGAGUUGCAACGGUUGUAAAUUUAAUUUUUAAACGUCUUCUAUCACGAAUUACAAUCUCGAGCUCAUCCAAUUACGAGGCCCUAUAACAAUUUCGCGAAGGAACAAUCGAAGGGCGUGCAAUGCGUUGGGAACGUUUAUGAACUUCAGUCACGAAGCUAUCGAUGUUACUUACCGUUGAAACGAAAGUUUCGAGUGAUACGUGACGAGGGGAAAAAAACCAACGAUCGACUAGCCGAUUACUAGAUAACAGGACACGCGAGCCAGCCGCAUGCAAAUUCAUCGCAAAGUGUCGCGGUCCGUUCUCGUGUCGUGCUCACCCAAUUGCUCGCUCGCGCACCCAAAGGUCAAUGGCGAGCCAGAAUUUUGACGAACGAAAAAAAAAGGGGGAAGGAUAUAGGAAAGAAGAGACAAAUUGCGUUGAUACGGGAAAUUGAUUAGGUCGUCCCCGCGGUAACCGAUGGACAAACACAAAUAGAACAGAGGGAGAGCGAGUGAGCCAACUUGGGUCUGGGUCUCUAGACCACCCUUCAGUUGCUCGACCGAUUUCCUCGCGCGAUAUCACCGGGCUCGAAACGGAACACCUGUAAACCGAAACGAAUCAGCCAUUUAUGUACCAUAAUUUUGACGAGUGGCUCUUUUCACAAGUUCAGAAUGAAAUUCAAGUAUCUUAUCUUCGCUGUGUUCCUCGGUUUUCGUGGUGGAUACUCGGUCCAUGGACAAGGAAACGACGGGAAGGAUAGAGAAGCCUCGAAUACGAGACCAGUUAAUCUUUUCAUCAUCAACGAUGAAGGUAACAAAGUGGCCAACGCCAGUCUGAUAGCCGCCCUGAAGACGGUCAGAGAGAAACAUCCUAAUUAUCUGGGAAGGGUGUGGAUGGUUCAGGUGAAUGGUACAGAUAUCAACGUCACUCUGGACCGUAUUUGUAACUUAUGGGGUGCGGCGGUGGAGGAAGGGGGAACGAACGUGCCGGAUUUGGUGGUGGACACUACGACAGCUGGCCUGGGUGCCAAGAUAACGAACUCGUUCACAGCUGCCCUAGGAAUCCCUACGCUAUCCGCCCAAUACGGCCAACAGGGAGAUCUUCUCUAUUGGCGAAAUUUGAAUGACGAUCAGCAGGGUUAUCUAGUACAGGUGAUGCCUCCGACUGAUUUAAUACCAGAAGCAGUCAGACGAUUGGCGAUUCAGUUGAACAUCACGAACGCGGCGAUCCUGUAUGAUCAUAAUUUCGUCAUGGAUCACAAGUACAAGAGUCUGUUGUUGAACGUACCCACCAGACACGUGAUCAACGAAGCUUCUCAACAAGUGGCGAAGAUGAAGAGGCAGCUACCACGGUUGAGGGACCUCGAUAUCGUUAAUUAUUUCAUUCUAGGAGACGAGAACACUAUCAACGUAGCCCUGGAAGCAGCGGAGACUUUGAGCUUCACCGGGAAAAAGUACGGUUGGUUCUUAUUAACUCCGGAAGCUGAGAUUUGGCCGAAAUGCGAGUGCAAAAACGUGACGGUCCUCUUUAUGAAGCCUAAGUUCGUGCAGAAGAAGCCCGCGGUGGAGGCCAUCCUGCCGAAACCGAUUAUCUCUUCUGCUUUCUAUUAUGACCUGCUUCAGUUAGCCGUUCAAGCGAUGAAAUCGGCCUUGGACAACGGCGAGUGGCCACUGAAGCCGAAACAAAUCACCUGCGACGAAUAUAAUAACACGAACACGCCGGUGAGGAAGUUGGACUUCUUCGGGAAAUUGAAAGCCGCUUACGCGAACAUGACGCCAACUUAUGCUGGAAUCCAGUGGGGAACAAAGAACGGCGAGCACCAGGCUCGCUUCGAGAUGUCCAUUCACCUGGUGAACAUCGAGGAAGAGGUGAUUUCCGAUAUGGUGGAUAGCGGAUCUUGGAACGCUAGCAUCGAUUCACCCUUGGAGAUAACGAACAGCGACGUGAUGAACACCACGGCGGUGAAGAGCUAUAGGGUAGUUACCGUGCUUCAUCCUCCGUUCGUGAUGUACAACGAGGAGAAGAACGAGUACUUCGGCUUCUGCAUUGACCUGUUGAACGAGAUCAGGGAGACGGUGGGCUUUCAGUACGAGAUACGCGAGGCGGACGACAAAAUGUACGGGAAUUUGAAUCCAAACGGUAGCUGGAACGGUAUGAUGAAGGAAUUGAUCGAGAAACGAGCUGACAUAGCUCUUGGUUCCCUUUGGGUCACCGCGGAAAGGGAAGUUGUGGUAGAUUUCACGGUGCCUUAUUACGAUCUGGUAGGUCUUUCCAUCAUGAUGCUGAAAACUAAAACCACCACCUCGUUGUUCAAAUUUUUGACCGUUUUGGAGAACGAGGUUUGGUUCUGCAUACUCGCCGCCUACAUUUUCACCAGCGUCCUAUUGUGGAUCUUCGAUCGUUGGUCACCGUACAGCUACCAAAAUAACAGAGCGAAGUACAAGAACGAUGAGGAGAAGAGAGAGUUUAAUUUAAGAGAGUGUUUCUGGUUUUGUAUGACUUCCUUGACACCACAGGGUGGCGGCGAAGCACCGAAGAAUCUUUCCGGACGACUGGUCGCUGCCACAUGGUGGUUGUUCGGAUUUAUCAUCAUCGCCUCGUACACGGCUAAUCUGGCCGCGUUUCUGACCGUGUCCAGGUUAGAGAUACCGAUCGAAACAUUGGAAGAUCUUAGCAAACAGUACAAGAUUCAAUACGCCCCGGUACUCUACUCUUCGGCAUACAUUUACUUCAAGAGGAUGGCUGCUAUCGAAUGGAGAUUUUACGACAUUUGGAAGGAGAUGAGUCUUAACGAUAGUUUGUCGGACGUAGAGAGAGCUGAACUAGCGGUAUGGGACUAUCCCGUCAGCGACAAGUACACGAAAAUGUUGCAAGCGAUGGAAGAAGCUGGUUUUCCAGCCACUAUCGAAGAAGCUUUGCGACGAGUUCGACGUGAAGAUUCGAAUAAUGAAUUCGCUUAUAUCGAGGAUUCUACCACCAUCAGGUAUCUUGCCAUGACGAACUGUGACCUGGUACAAGUUGGAGAGGACUUCUCGAGGAAACCAUACGCGAUUGCGGUUCAACAAGGAUCUCCGCUGAAGGAUCAAUUCAACAAUGCAAUUCUGAUACUAUUGAACCAACGAAAAUUGGAGAAGCUGAAGGACAAAUGGUGGAAGAAGAAUCCUGAGAAAAAGAAUUGCGACGCGGAGAACAGUCAAAGCGACGGUAUAAGUAUUCAUAAUAUAGGGGGUGUAUUUGUAGUGAUAUUCCUCGGUAUUAUUUUUGCUUGUUUCACCCUGGCCUUUGAGUACUGGUAUUAUCGGCAUCGUACGAAGAUCACGAAGAUAGAUCGCAACAGCCCUAGCAAAGGUAAUCUACCGAAAAUAAAACCACUUAGAUUUAAUUUACAGCCAGCCCCAACUCACGGUUUCCAAGCAACCCAGGUCAGAUCGAGGUUUUAAAGUUAUUUCUUGUAAGAUGAAGAAAAUACACGAAGAUUCGAUUAUCCUGUUCUUCAAGAUCUUUUAUUCCGUAUCAGGACGUUGAUGCUCGUUACUGCUCAACGAGCAAUAAAGAAAGGGAAGAAAGGAGGAUAAGUCUUUUUGAUAAUGAAAAACUUUUUAGGAGAAAAAAGAAAGGGGAAUUGUAAAUGAUAUACAUUUUCAGCGUUUGCAAUGCCUUUAUUUGGUUACUCCCUUUGCGUACAUUAUUUCGCGCAGAGAAUAUUUAGAUUUUUUUUUUUUUCGUUCUCCUUAGUUCCAUUGUUCUCUUCGCAUUACAUUUCAUGUACAACACCAUAAACGAUCCUUUGUGUUAACAUUAACACCUCCUCUUCUUAUCGCGUUUAUAUUCGCUCUCUUUCGUUUAAAAGGCAUUCAUUUUCCUAAUAACGUUUCUUUCACGUUCUUUUAUCGGACGUAUACAUACACUUCUUUUUCUGUAUCUCCUUCUUCAAGUUACAUAUUCCAUUUCUUUUUCUUUCGUAUGUACGUUCUCGUCGAUUCAACAUGUAUUUCCUUUGAGGGAGUACAGGAAAAGCAUUGGAUACUCUGGAUUCUUUUAAAACAUGGGAUUUGGUGGAAGAUGGAUAGGGACAAAGGGACAUUAAUCUUCUAGGACGUUAAAUUAUAAUUAAAGGGAUAAUAAUUAAGAUAAUUCAUUAAUAAUUAC